UCCGGGCAACUUCAGGUCGCGCUGAUACGAUAAGAAAACAAUAUGCAUACCGUCAAUAAUCGAAGAAUUAACAAAUUACAACUAAUUAAUUGGUGAGGGCUCAGUGAAAUCGAAUGAAAAUUGUGGUCGCGAGCUGAGAAGUGUUGUGAUCGCCUCCACAACUGGAUUAUGAUCUUCGCCGGAGUCCAGUGGAUGUUGUGAACUGUCGGAGAUGAUUUUGACACCGUGUUGUCACCUGACACCGUCAAAAUUAUCGCCGAAUUGUUGAUAAGUUCGCUGAGUGAAGAAUUUCGUGGAGUUGUUAAUCGUAAAGUUUUGAUAUCUGGGGUUAAAUGAGUUGUCCCUGAAGAUGGACGUCGUGACGACCAGCUUAGAGGCUCUUCUUCAGAGAGCGAUUAAUCCUCAGAAUGAGAAGCCGGACACGGCAGCUAUUGAUGCUUUCUGCGUGAUGGUGAUGAAAGAAACUGGAGGCAUGCAGAUUGGGUGCAAAUUACUUGCGACUCAUAUUCAAUCUGCCACUGAGAAUGAAGCUCUUCAGGCUCUCUCUCUCCUGGACACCUGUAUGAAGCGUUGUGGUCGUCUCUUCCACUCAGAAGUCGGUAAAUUUCGUUUCCUCAACGAGAUGAUAAAACUAGUGUCCCCGAAGUACCUCGGCACGAAGACGCCCGCCCCAGUCCGUGAGAAAGUUCUCUCCUUGCUGCACAGCUGGACGCAGGACCACCCGCGAGAGACGAAGAUCAAGGAGGCCUUCGAGAUGCUGAAGAGCCAGGGGGUCGUCAAGACUCCGCAGAACCAGCCGCACCCCCAGGUAAAAUCUCCAAAGGUAGGAAACGCCCUCUUCGAGGACGAGGAAACGGCGAAGCUCCUCCAGGAGCUCCUCCAGAGCAAGGAUCCCUUCGAGCUCCAGCUUGCCAACAAACUCAUCAAGAGCAUGGUGAAGGACGACGAGAGAAGGAUUCAGCAGAAGUCCCAGAGGAAUCUCGAGCUGGAGUCAGUCCACAAUAACGUCAAGCUAUUAUCAGAGAUGCUGGACAAUUACAAUCCAGCAGAGCCGAAUCCUGACGACGUCGAUCUCAUGAAGGAACUCCACCAGACAUGCCAGCGCCUCAAGCCCUCGCUCCUCCGUCUGGCGGAGGAAACCCAGGACAACGACGACAUCCUGAGUGACGUCCUGACCGCCAACGACGAGCUCUCCCACGUGUUCGAUAAAUUCAACUCCACUUUCAGCCAGAGCAACGAGUCCAACGCCAAUGGCACUUCUCUUCUCGACCUGGACACCCCAGCUGACACCAGUCCCUCCUCCAGCAAUUGUCUCCUGCUCAACGACAAUCAGAGAUAUACUGGACCCAGUGACAUCGAGAUGCUGGGGGACAUAUUCAACUCUAUCUCGACAACACCAAAUGUCCCCGAAGUUUCCGCCGAUAGCUUCGAUAAUCUGAUGGAUAACGUCAAUGUUCUUCAGCCUGUGAGUGUGCAGAAGGUGAAGUGCGAGCCUGGGGAGAAGAGUCCAGGGGUGAAGGUGGACGGCAAGGCGAAGGCUCUGGAGGAACUCAAUGAAAUGGGGAAGAUCAUGCUGCAGGAGUCACUCCUCGGGGGCAACAGGACGAUGAAGAGCUUGGUUGAUGAGUUCGAAGGGUCCUUAGGAGACGAAAGUGCCCUUGAGGAUGGGGACAAGAACAAAAAUAACAGCAAAACGAUUUUGAUAGGUCAGGUCAAGGAAACUGGGGGUGAAGACAGGAAAAAUGGCCAGGGGAAUGUCAACUGGGGGGACGAUGGGGAGGAUGAGAAAAUGGUGCUGGGUGGUCAGAAUGGCAAGACUGGUGGGGGGAUUGAUCGGAAUGAGGGGGAGGUGGACAUCAAACCCCUGGGGGAGUUGCACGUUACACUCAGUGAUGUUAAACCCAGCAAGGUACCUCCAGUGACUGUUAUUGAUAAUAAAAAUGAAAUAUCUGUGAUUCUGCAUUUUGCCGAGGGCGGACCCAGGGAGGAUGUUACUGUUGUUGUUGUCACUACUGUGAGCAAAAAUUGUAAAGCAUUGAGGGACUAUCUGUUUCAAGCUGUUGUACCUAAAAGCUGCAAGUGUAGGCUCCAACCACCCUCGGGCGUUGAGUUGCCCGGGUUCAGUGUUUUUUUGCCACCUGCUGCUAUCACGCAAAUCAUGAUGAUCGCUAAUCCACUGAAGGUGCCUCUCUCACUAAAGUUCAUGCUGAGCUACACAAUGGAGGACGAAACCUUCACGGAAAUGGGAGAAGUCGACAACAUCCUGACAUCUUAAUUAAAAAACCCCAUUUUAUUUUCUUCAUUAGAAACUAGGGGUCAAUAACCACUCGAGCAAUUUUUUUUUCACUCUUAAAAGGAAUUUUACGAUAAAAGAUUAAACAAUCAAAGAGACUUUUCAAUUAAUUAUUCUAAAGGGGAAAAUAGAUGAUUUUCAUUCUCGUUGAUGUUGUUCUAGUCGAAAACCAUCAAAAGUACUUUUUCGUUGAUGUUUCAGUACUUAAGAGAAUUAAUGACUCGACGUAAUCAUAACGAUUAUCGUUUUAAUUUUAGGGUUUAUCUGUGAGCAUAUGUUUAUAUACGAAUUUCAUUGUCUUCGUAUACUUGUGAUGUACUGGAGUAGCUGAAGGAAUGGAUUAACUGAAUAGAAUUAUUAUAUUUGAAUAAAAAGUAUAUGAAAUUGUGUUUGAAACAGGAA